GUUUAAAAUUUUACAUUCAUAUGUUCCAUAAUUUUUCUUUCGUUUGUUAUAUUUAUUUAUUGGUUUUUCAAGUUUAAUGUAUCCACAAUGUUAUUCAAAUCAAAUUAACGAAUGUUUAUGUGAUAAUUUGACGUUUCUAACAUUUUGAGGUUAUGUGCCAGUGUCAGUGCUGGUAGAAUAUUUAGCUAAACGCAAAUUUAUAUUGUUUUAUAUGAAUGAAUCGCACCCAAAGAUCUACUAACCAUGGUUUUUAUAAAGAAAGCAGCGAAAACAGUCCGAAACCACUGGAAAAAAUCCAUAUUCUUCUCCAGUGUCGCAGUCUACGGUACAAUUUACCUUAGAAACUACAUGGAAACGCAGGAACUCAUGCGGUCCUAUUGCGAAAAGGCAGCCAAAUACGGUAAAAAACCGCUACCCAUUCACCUAAAACCCCGUCACGUAACCGUAAUUCUGAAUCCCAACGCCAACAAACGCAAAGCGAACAAAGAGUUCGACAAAUACUGCGCUCCGUUGUUACAUUUAGCAGGAAUUUCAGUAGAAAUAAGGAAAACCGAAUCCGAAGGACACGCCAAGACCCUUGUAGAGGAAUUAACUGGUACAGACGCCUUGGUAAUUGCCGGUGGUGAUGGUACUUUGUCAGAAGUAAUAACGGGAUUGAUGAGGAGGAAUGACGACAGAGACAAUGGGGUUCCUAUAGGAGUUCUUCCCUUAGGUAGGACUAAUAGUUUCGCCAAAAUCCAAUUUCCCUGGCGCAAGAAAACCGAAAAGGUAAAAGCCCUAGCGGAAUCCACGAUGGCCGUAAUAGAAGAAUCGAUUCGACCGUUAGACGUGAUGAAAAUAGAAGUCAUAUCGAGCGAGAAUUCGACCGAAGAGGAUUCGAAAGAGGCCGGAAAACCCGUGUACGCUGUAUCUUCGCUGAAAUGGGGCGCUUACAGGGACGCAGAAGCCAAAAAGGACAAUUAUUGGGUGUUUGGGCCGUUUAGGAAUUACGCCACAUACGUUUUUAAUGGGCUAAAAAGCAAAUUAUCUUGGAAUUGCGAAGCCCAAAUAAGCUACAGUCCCCCUUGCGACGGUUGUUCAAACUGUUUCAAACGAACCGACUCGUCAUCGAACGGUGGCGGCUUCUUCUCCAAAUUCGCCAAACCGGACCCUCUGCAAUUUUCCAAACUCUCCGUAAAUAACCCGGAGUGCAGCGUUUCGCGCGAAAAGACCGUCCGAACGGCCGACUUGUCGCUGACGACGCUGAAUUCGGCGCCGGAGACGGCGACGUCGCCCGCCAAGUUGCUGAUGCGCAUAGGGCCCGACAGCGUCGCCUACUUGGACUUUGUGAGGAACGGGUUCCGGCUGGAGAAGGGCGAGAACAGCGACGUGACCGAGGUGAUCGAGGCGAAGACGGUGGACAUUCGGCCGGAGAACGCCAAGCAAAGCGCCUGGUUUUCCAUCGACAGCGAGGAUUUCGAAGUUCGGCCGGUUAAAGUGACCUUGUUGCCGAGGAUUAUUAGGGUGUUUUGUAAAAAAGAGAGCGCCUCUGCGUGCGCUUGAAUUUGUUUUUUUUUUGUUGUAAAUACAUUUUUCCCCACAGCUGUUUUUUGCUUUAUAAUAUCGC